ACUCCGUCAACGCUUGCGAAGCAGAUCAGCGCAGUCGCUCGCCGCGAUCGUACGUACAACAGAACGCCUUCCGCUCGAACCGAGCGAACUAAGAUGAGGGACACGUGGCUCUUGCUUCCCGCCUUGUGCGUGGCCUCCGCGAUCCUGUGUGCCUCCGGGGAAAAGGCGAAGUCUAACUUAGACUCGGAGAUCAAUGUCGAGAAGGCUCAGAGAACCGAACGCGUAGGUGAAGGCCGACUCGUCGGACAGGGAGAAGGUGGUACUGACCGCAGAGGAGACCUACGUGAAGUAUGAGGUCAAGGUGCCUGCGGGAGAAGGGAGCGCCAGUCCCAAGGAGGAAGAUAGCGCUGCCAAGGCAGGAAAGACAACGACUGGUGAGAAGAGCACAUGAGAGUGAACAGAAGAAGGUCACGUCGUCGUCAGCUUCUGAAACUAAUGCUACGGAGGAAGACGCCGAAGAUGCGACUCCUUACGAAGAUGACCCGCGACACCGGGAGCGGCAACACAUGGAAGAUUUUGUUGCCAUCACCGAGAAGAUAUACGUGAUCAAGCGCAACUUCAACUUGAAACGAAUCGAGCGCUGCGAAUCGGCCCAGAGGUUGCGUCAGCUGAGCGAGACCAACUACGAGUACCUGCUCCGCACUCGCAUGUACAAGCAGUCGCAGGCGCUAAUGUCCAUGAAAGUGUUCUUCAAGAUCAGCAAGACUGGUGUGCACAAGGAUUACAACGCCGUCACGUACGCUCACGGCUUGAAUGAGCCUACCGUCGAACGCAAGCUCAUGUACAUCAGUCCCGAAAAGACGUGCGCAAUCCUCGUUGAAGACCGGGAUAAUGGACGCAAGGGUUGCCUACUCGUCCAGCCAGAGUCCGCCAUCGACGACGGUGUGCCAGUGGAGUGCAACAGGGUUUACGAGGCCAGAUGCGGCAAAAAGAGUGUCAUCGUCUACGAGUCUAUCUGCAAGCAGUUGCCCGACUACACGCCUCACGAGGAACUUUAAAAAAGAGCAUUUUUUUUCUCUUUCUGGCGACGCACGUUGAGCGGAAGGACGUGGUCACGACGCUCGGUGUGUUUCAAGACGUGCCUCUUCACCCCUGUGAAGUAUGUGGUGGUGGUUGUUAACUGCAGGUGGGGCCAUAUAGCCUGACAGACUUUGCCAACACUUGCUUGCCGACUUUGCCGACACUUUCAUUCUUUUGACGUUUCUUCGAGAGACUGGACUAAGUGAUUCGCUGUGACCUUGUGUAGCAUACGCGAAAGGUGUCUUUUUUUAAAACGGUCCAUUGGCGACGCAUGCAUCAUCUUUCAAUCAAACAAUAAAGAGGAAUACUAAGCUG